UAACUUCAACGGCGGCUAGAUUGUACCACUGGUUGUCCUAUCUAUUUUUCCCAGUUGUGUCUCAUUUACGUGGUCGCUGGGAAGUGUGGUGGUAUGACAAUUUCUUGUCCUGAAAGAGAUGGUGUUGUUGCGGACCUCCGUUUAGCGGAGUCUUUUUAUUCAAGAUAUGAAAAAAAGAUUCCAAGUGUGAAUAUGCCGUCAAAAUUUUGGAUCUAAACAGUGGCGUUGAUACUCCGGAUGUUAUACGUUCAGAGUGCAUGCGGGAGGUAGCAAUCUUGCGCAAAGUAGUGGAUCAUCCUAAUAUAAUUAAAAUCCACGAUGUUUUCGAGGGUGAUGCAUAUAUAUUUUUAGUUUCUGAAAUAUGCCAAGGGGGUGAACUCUUUGACUAUUUAACACACAAUGUCAUCAUUUCAGAGAAACGAACGCGCGCUUUAAUGAGACAGCUUUUCGAUGCAGUUAGCUUCAUACACGAUCGUCAAAUAGUUCAUCGAGAUCUCAAACCGGAGAAUAUUCUUCUUGAUGAUAACUUAAACAUCAAAGUAACGGAUUUUGGUUUGGCUGUAUUUGUGGACGACGAAGAAGAACUUCGAGAAACUCGUGGAACACCAGGUUACUUAGCACCAGAGGUUUUGAUGUGUGGUUAUUAUGAAGACCAACCUCCUUACAGUCAACCUGUAGACAUAUGGGCAUGUGGUGUAAUUAUGUACACCCUUUUGGCAGGUUGUCCUCCUUUUUGGAAUCGUAAAGAACACUUAAUGUUGCGUCAAAUUAUGGAAGGUCGAUUCUCUUUUCCCAGUCCAGAAUGGGAUGAUAUUAGUGAGUCUGCGAAAGACUUGAUAUGUAAAAUCUUGGUUGUCGAUGCCAAAACAAGAUUGACAGCUGUGGAAUCUUUAAAGCAUGAAUUUUUCUUACAACAACCUUUAGUUGGAGUGACUACAACAUUCAAUGCUAAGCGGAAAUUCAAGACUAGUAUCAUGGCAAUAGGCUUUAUCUAUUGUCUAAAACGAUUGAAAACAGAUGCAGCAUUUUUAAAUGUCAAUCAACUUUCAAUGGAUCCAUAUUCAAAUAAAAAGUUGCGUAAAAUUAUUGACACUCUGGCCUAUGAUGUUUAUAGUCAAUGGGUAAAGAAAGGCGAAGAACAGAAUCGUGCCGCUUUGUUUGAAAAUGCUCCACGUCGUGAUUUAAUUGAUAUUGCGUCGUCGAUAUGUAAUCCUAAUAGCUUGAGUCCAAGACGUUCAAUAUUCGCCGGAGGUGGUGGUGGUGGUGGCGGCGGCUCGAUGAAUUAUACAACCUUCAAUUAUGAAGACGAUGAUGAUGAUGACUUGAGAGUGCCUAUUAGGAUUGAAUAUUGAAUAAUAUAUACGCAUAUAUUGCUCAUUGAACAGUAUUCAUUCAUGUAUUGCCCUGUUAGUUUAUAUUUUCAUUUUCAUUCAGUCUAGAUAUGCAAUAUACACAUAUAUACUGCAUAAACUCGGUGCAAUAAGAAA